AUGGCUGAAGAAAAUCUUAUAGUUUUUAAAAAAUCUAAUAUAUCGCCAUCAGUAUUUGAUUUGAUUCUCAAAUAUAUUUACACAGGAAUAAUUAAUGCGAAUCCCAAUGAUCCCAAUGUAAAUGUGCUUAGUCUUUUAGUCGCUGCAGAUGAAUUAAUGUUAGGAGAAUAUGUCACACUGGUACAAGACUAUCUUCUCACAAAAGAAACUGAAUGGCUACAAAAGAAUAUUGUUCAUGUAUUAAAUGCAAUUUUUAACCAAGAUUCUUGUUCAAAACUUCGGGAAUUUUGUCUUAAUGAAACAUGCGCAGAUCCAAAUCUUGUAUUUGGUUCAGAUGAUCUCUCAUAUUUAAAUGAAGAUAUUAUCAUUUAUCUUUUAAAAAGAGGUGACCUUUGGAUGCAAGAAAUUGAAGUAUGGAAUAGUUUAAUUAAAUGGGGAAUGGCUCAAACUCCAAAACUUGGAGAUCGGCAAAUAUUUGAAUGGUCAUUUGACGAUUUUAACACUUUAAAAAAUACUUUAAGUCAUUGUAUUUCUCUUGUUGGUUUUACAGGAAUUUCAUCAAUUGACUUUUAUUACAAAGUAUGGCCAUAUAAGACUAUUUUGCCUGAAAAGAUAGUGGAAGAAAUGGUACGAUAUUAUAUGGUUCCUGGAGCUCCAGUAACGUCUGCCAUUUCCCCUGUUCGUUUUCCUGCAACAAAAUUGGAUCCAAAUGCUCUUAUCAAUUCAAAACAUGUAGCAAUAAUUUCACAUUGGUAUAUAUAUAUAUCUAGAUUUUAA